UUGUCUCCUUUGUUGUCCUUCACAGGUAAUCGUUUCUUCCUGACCUCAUUUGGCACUUUAUAUAUCUCAGAAGUGCAGAAGGAAGAUGCUCUGUCCACAUACCGCUGCAUCACAAAGCACAAGUACAGCGGAGAGACCCGCCAAAGUAAUGGAGCCAGGCUCUCUGUUAUGGACCCUACGGAGUCCGCCCCUAAUGUGCUGGACAGUUUUCAGUCUGGAGAAGUGCAGGUGGGUCAAAGUGUGGAACUGCCCUGCAUCGCCUCUGGAUACCCGAACCCCACCAUCCGAUGGUUAAAGGAUGGUCGGCCAUUACCAGCGGACUCUCGCUGGACUCGCCGAAUUACUGGCCUCACCAUCUCUGACUUGAGACUCGAGGACAGUGGCAACUACAUCUGUGAGGUCACCAACAGCUUUGGCUCCAAAGAGGUGAUGGGUCACCUCAAUGUUAUAGAGCCGCUGCGAGUCACUUUGUCUCCAAAGAACCUGAAGACAGGGAUCAGCAGUACAGUCAUCCUCUCCUGUGCCGUUCAAGGUUCCCCCCACUUCACGGUGGCCUGGUACCGUAACACAGAACCCGUCAUGCCUGAUCAGCACUUUUCCAUCCAGGGAGCUCACAACGAGACGUUGUUCAUUUCUGCUGCACAAAAAAGACACUCGGGAGCCUACCAGUGCUUUGCCUCAAGGAAGGGCCAAACCGCCCAGGACUUCUCCAUCAUACUGCUGGAAGAUGGGACACCCCGUAUCGUUGCCUCGUUCAGUGAAAGGGUGGUGGUUCCUGGUGAACCGUUCUCCCUGAUGUGUGCUGCCAAAGGAGCCCCUCCGCCCACCAUCACCUGGACCCUGGAUGAUGAGCCUGUGGCCCUGGACCUGCCGCGGAUCAGAUCCAGCCAGUACAUGCUCUCCGACGGGUGCACCGUGAGCUACAUGAACGUCAGCAGCCCGCAGAUUCGUGAUGGGGGAUUGUAUCGGUGCGCCGCACAAAACUCGGCCGGUGGUGCCGAGUACCAAGCGCGCAUAAACGUAAGAGGCCCUCCAAAGAUUCGGCCUAUGAAGAACAUCACGGCAGUGGCAGGAAGAAACACUUUCAUAAACUGCCGUGUAAUUGGGUAUCCUUAUUACUCGGUUAACUGGUUAAAAGAGGGACUUCUGCUGCCUGACAACCAUCGCCAGGUGGUGUUUGAGAAUGGGACACUUAAGCUCAGUGAUGUUCAGAAGGGUAUGGAUGAAGGUGUCUAUGUCUGCAGCGUGCUGAUCCAGCCACACAAGUCCAUCACACAGACUGUUUACGUCACAGUCAAAGUUCCCCCGCUGAUCCAACCAUUCGACUUCCCCCCGACUUCCAUUGGCAAACUGAUGUACAUCGCCUGCGUUGUGUCGUCUGGAGACAUGCCCAUACGCAUCACGUGGGUUAAGGAUGGCCAGGAGAUCGUGCCCUCCUCGGGCAUCACCAUCGACACGAAGGAGUUCAUGAGCUCCCUGCAGAUCUCUAAAGUAUCUCUCAAACACAAUGGCAACUACACCUGCAUUGCUAGAAAUGAUGCUGCUACUGUCAGCACAGAGAGGCAGCUCACAGUUACAGUGCCUCCUCGAUUUGUUGUGCAGCCCAACAACCAGGAUGGGAUCUAUGGAAAGGCAGCAAUCCUGAACUGUUCUGUUGAUGGAUACCCUCCUCCUAAAGUCAUGUGGAAGCAUGCCAGAGGUGCACUCGCGGGUAUUGGGAGCCCACAGCAGUACCACCCUGUGCCUCUGACUGGCCGUAUUCAGAUAAUGAAUAAUGGCUCUCUGCUCAUCAGACACGUCCUAGAAGAGGAUCGUGGCUUCUACCUCUGUCAGGCCUCCAAUGGGGUGGGUUCAGACAUCAGCAAGAGCAUGGUCCUCACAGUCAAAAUCCCAGCAAUGAUCACAAGUCACCCUAACACCACCAUGGCUAAGAAGAAUCAUGUGAAGGAGCUGAACUGCACAGCCCGAGGAGAAUGGCCCAUCAUCAUUCGCUGGGAAAGAGGCGACACCGUCAUUGACCCCGAUCGCAACCCCCGAUACUCCAUAACCACCAGUCCGAAUGAGAAGACAGACGAGGUGUUGUCUACCCUCAAGCUAAAGCCAGCAGAGCGUGAGGAUUCUGUUUUCUUUUCUUGUCAUGCCAUCAACUCUUACGGAGAAGGACGAGGCCUUAUCCAGCUCACUGUGCAAGAACCUCCAGACCCUCCAGAGCUGGAGGUCCGAGAAGUGAAAGAUCGCAGUAUGAAUCUCAGGUGGACGCAGAGAUUUGAUGGGAACAGUGUCAUCACCUCCUACGAUAUUGAAUAUAAAAACAAGACAGAUUCAUGGGAGCUGAAGCACGCCACGCGAAACAUCUCCCCCACAAACAAUCAGGCCAACAUUGUGGACCUUCACCCUGCCUCUGUCUACAGCAUACGGAUGUUUUCCUACAAUGCAAUAGGCAAGAGUGAGGCCAGUAAGGAGCUCACCAUCAGUACAGAGGAAGCACAGCCUGAUGGUCCACCGAUGGAUGUGACCCUUCAGGCAGUGACCUCUCAAAGUAUCAGAGUAACUUGGAAGGCUCCAAGGAAAGAGCUUCAGAAUGGGGUGAUCCGGGGGUACCAGAUUGGUUACAGAGAGAACGGCCCUGGGAGUAAUGGCCAGUACAGCAUCGUUGAGAUGAAAGCCACUGGAGACAGUGAGGUCUACACUCUUGACAACCUGAAGAAGUUUGCUCAAUAUGGCGUGGUUGUCCAGGCCUUCAACAGAGCAGGCACAGGACCUUCAAGCUCCGAGAUCAAUGCUACAACAUUGGAAGAUGUUCCCAGUCAGCCUCCUCAGAACGUGCGAGCCAUCUCUGUAACAUCGGAUGAGGCGGUGAUCACAUGGGCGGAGCCUCCGAGACUGACUCUCCAUGGCGUGCUGAAGGGGUAUCGUGUCGUGUUUUGGGCCGUCUUCCCAGAUGGAGAGUGGGGUGAAAUGCAAAACAUUACAACCACCAAAGAGCAGGUGGAGCUUAAAGGCCUGGAGAAGUUUACCAACUACAGCAUCCAGGUGCUGGCCUUCACCCAGGCGGGGGAUGGUGUCCGGAGCAAUGUCCUGUACAUUCAAACCCGCGAAGACUGUAAGAUCAUAUUUAGUUGCUGUUUCCACAUAGGAAGAAAAAAAAGAGUUAUUAAAUGGCCUUCAAUAAUUAAUAAUACCUUCUUUUUUGACCAGAUGCCAAGUGAGUAUGAAGCCAAUCCAGAGCUGCUGUUUUACAGAAUCACCCACCUCAACCACCGGCAGCAGUACCUGAUCUGGGCUGCAGCUGUCACCACUGCAGGCCGUGGGAACUUCAGUGACAAAGUGACGGUGGAGCCAGCCGCUAAAGCUCCCGCCAAAAUUUUGUCAUUUGGAGGUACAGUUACAACUCCUUGGAUGAAAGAGGUGCGGCUGCCCUGCAGCUCUGUGGGGGAACCAACACCAACCAUAAAAUGGACUAAAGACAGUGAGGACACAGCUAUCCCAGUGUCUGUUGAUGGACAGCGUCUCAUUCUGGCUAACGGGACACUGGUGCUGCGCUCCGUCAAGGCCGAAGACUCUGGCUAUUACACGUGCACGGCCACCAACACGUUGGGCUUCGACACCAUUAUAGUCAAUCUCUUGGUGCAAGUUCCUCCAGAUCAGCCUCGUCUAACUGUGUCCACCACCUCCACCUCCUCUAUUACCCUCGCCUGGAUACCAGGAGAUAAUGGAGGCAGCUCCAUCAGAGGUUUUGUUCUACAGUACUCUGUGGACAAUACAGAGGAGUGGAAGGAUGCUUUCAUCAGUUCUAGUGAGCGUUCUUUUAAAUUGGACAACUUACGAUGCGGGACCUGGUAUAAAGUCAAGUUGGCUGCCAAGAACAGCGUUGGUGCUGGUCGCAUCAGUGAGAUCAUUGAGGCGAAGACUCAUGGAAGAGAGCCUCAGUUCAACAAGGACCAGCCUGUCUUCACCUACAUCAACUCCAGCCACGCCCGCCUCAACCUGCAGGGUUGGGCCAGUGGAGGCUGUCCAAUCACUGCUGUCACACUGGAGUUUAGACCAAAAGGAACGUGGAUGUGGCAGACUGUGCGAACCAACGUCACUGCAGAUGUGUUUCUGGCAGAGCUGAGGGAGGCCACCUGGUAUGAGCUGAAGAUGAAAGCAUGUAACAGUGCAGGCUGUGGCAACCAGAGCUCCCAGUUUGCAACACUGGACUAUGACGGCAGCACAAUUGCUCCCAUUAAAUCCCCUCUGAAAAAAAAUGACGACGUAAAGAAGCUGUUUUCUAUUGGCUCCCCUGUGAUUCUGGUCACUCUUGGCGUUGCGCUGCUCUUCAUCAUUCGCAAGAAACGCAAAGAGAAGAGGCUGAAAAGACUAAGAGAUGCUAAAAGCCUGGCAGAGAUGCUGAUCAGUAAAAACAACCGCAGCUUUGACACGCCGGUGAAAGGACCUCCUCAGGGCCCACGGUUACACAUCGACAUCCCCAGAGUGCAGUUGCUAAUUGAGGACAAAGAGGGCAUCAAGCAAAUUGGUGACGACAAGGCUACUAUCCCUGUGACAGACACAGAGUUCAACCAAACUGGGAAUCCUCAGAGCUUCUGCACUGGUGUAUCUGUCCAUCACCCUGCCCUCAUCCAAAACACAGGUCCUUUGAUAGACAUGUCUGACAUCAGACCAGGAACCAACCCCGUGUCGAGAAAAAGUGUGAAGUCAGCCCACAGCAUCAGGAACCGAUACUCCAGUCAGUGGACUCUGACCAAGUGUCAGGCUUCCACGCCAGCCCGCACUCUCACUUCAGACUGGCGCACAGUUGGCUCCCAGCAUGGCAUCACUGUCACCGAAAGUGACAGCUACAGUGCCAGCCUCUCACAGGACACAGAUAAGGGCCGCAACAGUAUGGUGUCCACGGAGAGCGCCUCCUCCACCUACGAGGAAUUGGCGAGAGCGUAUGAGCACGCCAAGCUGGAGGAACACCUGCAACACGCCAAAUUUGAGAUUACAGAGUGCUUUAUCUCUGACAGCUCGUCUGAUCAGAUGACCACAGGCACCAAUGACAAUGCGGACAGCAUGACGUCUAUGAGCACACCAUCGGAGCCUGGGAUCUGCCGUUUCACUGCCUCACCACCCAAACCCCAAGACUACGARCGUGGCAAGAAUGUAGCUGUGCCCAUUCCACACCGCGCCAAGAGUGAUUACUGCAAUCUUCCCCUCUACAUGAAGUCAGAUCCCUUUUUCCGAAAGCAGUCAGAACAUCACGACCCGUGUCCAGUGGUUCCGCCACGCGAAGCCUCAAUUCGUGGCCUGGCCCAACGAGUGUACCACAGCCAGYGCCGUCAUGUGACUAUGGACUCUGCAAAGCAGCAGGCUCUUUCCAUGGGCCACUCUGGGCUUUCCAACCUCACUUCCUCUGCGGCUUCCUCCGGAGGAGCGUCAGCAGGUGCUGGUGGAGGUGGUGGAAGUGGAGGAAUGUCUGCUAGCUCGAGCAGUUCCACACUUCCCCAGAGGACUCUAACCAUGCCUGGCUCCUCUGCCGCAGUGGCUCAGAGCGCAGCCGCAGCUGCUGCAGCCACCGCCGCUGCUGCAGGGGUGUCGUCCUCCUCUAGUGGAGGCGGAGCAGCGGGMGCCACAGGUGGGACCCCUGGAGGUGCCUCCUCUUCUUCCUCCAAGAUAGGAGGAUCCAGAGACUCUCUCCUGGAGAGCAGCUCCUCGGGCUUAGGCAGACUACAGAAGCAGAGGGAUGGGGGCUCGGGAGCCUACUCCAAGUCCUACACACUGGUGUAGCCUGCCAUGACCGAGGCCUGUCACUGCAACUUUUUAAUACAAAGCUGGUCGAAAGCCGGCACUUUGCCUGGAGCCUCUGUGGUAAAUCGGGGUGAGGAACAUACACAUGCACAGCUUAGCCGUCAGUGCCUGUGCUGUGCCAGCCUGCAGGGAGCUGCUUCCUGUCAACACUACAGUUUGAAGGGGUCAGAGAUAGAUCUCCACAGCACAGGAGCCUGCCUUUCUUCUGCCUGAUUGCUUUCUGUUAUUAUUGUGUCGUUUUUUUCUCCUGUUUGAUCACCCUGGAAAUCACUUGCCAACACAUAAAUGAUUUAUCUGUCCACCCCAUAUUUUAAUCUCCUGGCAAGGACACAGUACUUAUGCACAAAAUGCUUUCUGCCUGKACUGUCUUGUUUUCCACAUCAAGACAGCUCUAGAAUGAACCAAGUUACUUGAGAUGUGCGUUGAGAUUUUAGUUUAGUUUUUUUUAAUAUAUAACAUUUCUGGUUUGUAAUGGAAAACAAGCUCAUAUCACAGCAUUGUGCCACAGCAGGAUGCUUUUUAAUGUAUGCAUAAACCACCAGCCUUGGUGUUACUUUGGCUCUGCAAGGUCAGUCCAGUCCACCAUAGAUUCAUCCAACGGAGGCGGCGGAAGGACUGUUGUCCUGGUAAACAUGCAAUGGAUGACACAUGACCAUUGUGGUCAUAAUUGAUGUUUUGAUUUGUUUUUUUUUUCUGUUUUUUU